AUUGAAAAAGAGCUCGAAUCUUAUCUCAAGCGAUGGGACUUACAACGACUGGCAACAUUCUUUUGGUUGAAAGUGACAAUGGAAGGAGAGCCCGUUUGUCCUUUCAACGGUGACCAUAAGUUGCCGUAUGAGAAGCUAGUGAUCGCUUCACGACCAGAAGCUGCUUUCAAUCAUCUUCCAAUUACCGCAGCUGACGGAAAAGUCUAUGCCAGGCAUAUUUUCAGCAUUCCAAUGGCAGUGCCUUCUCGGAAACCUCCUGUUGUGCCUAUAUUGAAUCAGUAUGGUUUCUUUCCCAAUCAGUGCCUUGAGCUUUUUGCUAGAAGUCUGCAACCAAAUACUGUAUCUGUGGGCUUCGAAACCCUACUGUUACAGUCAUCUUCAUGUUUCGUCUCCAUUAGCGAUUGA